AUGGCGUCACUCGACAAGCACGAGCGCGAGCUGAAGUCGAACAAAUACCCGUACAUGAGAAACCCGUCCGCCUACCCUGAGAAUGAGAAGUACAUCGAAUCGAUGUCGCGUUUCACGUCUCUGAUGACCGAACGCAUCUCCUAUCCGCUCGAGGAGAAGUACCGUGGCAAUGGGAUGACGAAGGAGGAGCUAGAUAGAACCCUCGGCAAAGAGCAGGAAGAGAAGGCUUUGACGGAGACUGAAGACCUGAUGAUUCUCAAUCUUGCGCCCGGAAAUGUGGAGAUGCUCAAGCCGAUGAUCGAGAAUAUUGAUGAUCGGUUUACCGAAGAGGAGCAGCAGAUCAUUGUGGACUGCGUAAAGGAGGUCUACAGAUGCGACGAGCAGGAGACUUGA